AUGCUCGACGCCGGGGCGCGUCGUUUGGGUCGGUGUCACAACGCCCUCGUGACGGCGCUGCUCACGGAUACGUACCAGCUCACGAUGGCGUACGCGUACUGGAGGAACGGCACGCACGACCGACGCGCGGUGUUCGAGCUGUUCUUUCGAGCGAACCCGUUCCAGGGCGAGUUCACCGUGUUCGCGGGGUUGGAGGAGGCGCUGCGAUUCGUGAGCAACUUUGAGUUUACGGAGCGGGACGUGGAGUACUUGAAAUCGACGCCCGUGGGGGAGAACAUGGAGGAUGAGUUCUUCGAGUUUCUCCUCGGACUCGACGCGAGCGAGGUGAGGGUAUACGCGCAAAAGGAAGGGUCGGUGGUGUUCCCGAGGGUGCCGCUGUUGCGUCUCGAGGGACCGCUCGCGACGGUGCAGUUGCUCGAGACGACGCUGCUGUGUCUCGUCAACUACGCCAGUUUGUUGGCGACGAACGCGGCGAGGCAUCGACUUGUGGCGGGGCAAAACGCGAUGCUGCUCGAGUUUGGGUUGCGACGGGCGCAAGGGGUGGAUGGAGGUGUGAGCGCGAGUCGGUACGCGUACCUCGGCGGUUUCGACGCCACGAGCAACGUCGAGGCGGGACGACAGUUUGGGAUUCCAAUCAAGGGCACGCACGCGCACUCGUACGUGCAAUCGCACGCGGGAUGGGGUUGCGUGAAAAACCCCAAGCUAGUCGCCGCCGAUGGCUCGGUGUGCGAAGACUUUCCCGCGCUCGUGUUGGAAAAGAUGAAGAGUUUAGAGGCGAUUCGAGACGACAUGGAAGUCGACUUGCGGUGGAGCGAGACGAACACGAGCGAGCUGGCCGCUUUCACAUCGUACGCUCUCGCGUUUCCGAACGCGUUUUUGGCUCUCGUGGACACGUACAACGUUUUGCAAAGCGGUUUGCCAAACUUUUGCGCCGUCGCGUUGGCGCUUCGCGAGCUGGGGUACGCCGCCGUGGGGAUUCGGCUCGACAGCGGUGAUUUGUCGUACCUCAGUAAGCGCUCGCGAGCGUUUUUGCGUAACAUCGAACGUUUGCUAGGGACGAAGAUUGCGGAUAACUUGAGCGCGGUGUCCAUCACGGCGUCGAACGACAUCCACGAGGAGGUGUUGUAUUCGCUUCGCCAACACGGGCACGAGAUUGAUGCGUUCGGCAUAGGCACGCAUCUCGUCACGUGCUUGAAACAACCCGCACUGGGAUGUGUGUACAAGCUCGUUGAAGUCGACGGAACGCCGCGAAUCAAACUGAGCGAGGAUAUCGGCAAGGUGACGAUUCCUGGGUGCAAGAAUGGCUAUCGCCUCUUUUCGCAGACGGGAGAAGCCAUCGUAGACGUGAUGACGCGCGUGGGCGAGCCCGUACCGAAGGUUGGCGAACGGAUGUUGUGUCGUCAUCCGUUCAUGGAGAGCAAACGCGCGUACGUCGUUCCAUCCAAGGUGGCACCAUUGUUUGAUUUAGUUUGGGACGGCGCGCGCGGCGUGGACCCGCAAGUAGAUUUGAGUUUAGAAACCUCCCGCGCUCGAUGCAAGGAGUCGAUUCGUCAGCUGCGCGCGGACCAUUUGCGGUACACCAAUCCGACGCCGUACAAAGUGAGCGUGUCUGCGUCGCUGUACGAUUUCAUCCACGAUUUGUGGCUCGCCGAGGCGCCCGUGGGCGAGUUGCGCUAG